CGUACUAGCGAUGAGGUCCGGCCAUGGAAGUCAUUAAGAGCUCCGAGCGGAAGCGUCGCCGGCGGCCCCUGGGAGAACGCCUCCCCGCCCCCCUCACUGUGAACGGCAGCUGCCGGCCCGUGGAGGAGGAGGGAGCCAAGCAGGUGGAGAAGGAAGAGGCGAGCCCUAGGCCCCCCGGCGUAGUUGUCUCCCGUCCCCGCUACAGCCUGCUGGCCGAGGUCGGACGGGGCACCUACGGCGUGGUGUACGAGGCGGUGGCCCGGAAGAGCGGUGCCCGGGUGGCCGUUAAGAAGAUCCGCUGCGACGCACCGGAGAACGUGGAGCUGGCCUUGUCAGAGUUCUGGGCCCUGACCAGCCUGCGACGACGCCACCCCAACAUCGUCCGCUUCGAGGAGUGCGUCCUGCAGAGGAACGCCCUGGCCCAGAAGAUGAGCCACGGAAACAAGAACAGCCAACUAUACCUGAGGCUGGUGGAGGCCUCCCUGAAGGGGGAACGACUGUUUGGCUCUCCGGAAGAAGCCUGUUACCUUUGGUUUGUCAUGGAGUUCUGUGAAGGCGGUGAUCUCAAUCAGUACAUCUUAUCCAGACGGCCAGACCCCGCAACCAACAAAAGCUUUAUGUUGCAGCUGACAAGUGCCAUCGCCUUCCUGCACAAGAACCAGAUCGUACAUAGGGACUUAAAACCCGAUAACAUCUUGAUUACUGAACUCUCAGGCUACCCUGUACUAAAGGUAGCAGACUUUGGCCUCAGCAAGGUAUGUGCCGGGCUGGCUCCCCGAGGGAAGGACUUAACAGCAGAGGGAGUGAAUGAGAACAGGACUGUGAACGUUAACAAGUACUGGCUGUCAUCGGCAUGCGGCUCUGACUUUUACAUGGCUCCUGAGGUGUGGGAGGGUCACUACACGGCUAAAGCGGACAUAUUUGCCCUGGGCAUAAUCAUGUGGGCAAUGAUUGAGCGCAUCACCUUUGUGGACGCGGAGACCAAGAAGGAGCUGCUGGGCACUUACAUCAAGCAAGGCAGUGAGAUUGUGCCUGUAGGGGAGGCAUUGCUAGAAAAUCCAAAGAUGGAACUUCACAUCCCACAGAAACGCAGGACUUCCAUGUCGGAGGGCAUCCGGCAGCUGCUUAAGGACAUGCUGGCCGCUAAUCCUCAGGAUCGGCCGGAUGCGUUUGAGCUGGAGACUCGAAUGGACCAAGUCACUUGUGCUGCUUGAGGCAUUGCUCUGGUUUAAAGUGGAAUCAAGCAUCAUCUUUCCAGGACCUGGACCCACCGCUGCACCUCCCUCUGCCUGCACGCUUGUGGAUUAUUGUGACUAGAUCUGUAAAAUGUUCUAGAAUAAAAAUCAGAGCCUCAUUUCAACAUCCUUAACUAUCACUGGUGCUAGCUACCCAUUGUUACCCUCCUGU